GACAUACUUGACUUCUGGGUACGAGAACGACGCUGGCCGCAGAAAUACUUCGAAGCUUGCCUUGACAUGGAUCAUUUGCUUGCAAGAAACAGAUCGACUCCCUCGCUAGGCCGAAAACGGUCCAGCUCGGCUUCGUCCGUAACCCCCAGCGACCAGAAGCCGAGAGAGGAGAAGAGUGCCGACUAUAAUGAUGUGCGCUACAAAACCUUACUUGCAACCAAGGGUGCCUUUAUGGACAAGUCGCCUGUAGGUAUUGCGGAUGCUAGCAAGAACCUUUGCAACACUCUCCUUGAAGAGGCGCAGGAGCCUCCUCAGAACUCGCUUUUUCGGGAUGAUAUUUUCGAGGCGACCUGCCGCAAAUUCCAAGACCGGAACGAAACCAGGGUCAUACGGGACAUCUCUCAGCUGAUUGUGCCUUCUGCGGAGGUCCUUGCUACCUACGGUGCGACAGAGCUUGAAUGUUUGAUUGAGAGCACGAACGAAGGCUGGAACAACUCGGUCCCUCUGACCAAGACUCGCCCGCAGCCCGACUACUCUGUUGGCUUCCGGCGUAAGGCCUUCUCGGACGACCAACUGGCCAAGCUCGCGCCGUUCAUCGGCAACUGGCUUGGCGGCGACCAGUCGUUCUUCAUGGCCACGUAUUACAUGUUCUUCCCGUUCCUCGCGUGCGAGGUCAAGUGCAGCGCGGCGGCGCUCGACGUGGCCGACCGGCAGAACGCCCACAGCAUGGCGAUGGCCGCACGGGCAGUCUUUGAGCUCUUCCGACUUGUGGGACGAGAGGCCGAGGUCGACCGGCAGAUCCUCAGCUUCUCUGUCUCGCACGACCAUCAGGCUGUGCGGAUCUACGGCUACUAUCCUGUCAUAGAAGGGAAGGAGGUCAAGUACUACCGCCAUCCGAUCCGCCAGUUCAGCUUCGUAGAGCUGGAUGGCAGGGAGAAGUGGACUGCCUACCGCUUUACCAAGAAUGUCUACGAUCUCUGGAUGCCAUCGCACUUUGCGAGAAUUCGCGCUGCGAUCGAUCAGAUCCCGCCCGACAUCGACUUUACCGUCGACCCGCUG